UGAGCCGUCUGCACACCGGUGUUUGUUUUGGUUUGAUAGUUUCUUGUGCGAGUGAGAGGAAGUGGUAGUGUUAAGGUCCUUGCUGUGUUAACGACUGACUAUUUUGUUGUCUCGCCUGCCUUUGAGCGUGACAUUCCAAGUAAAUCAUGGAGGAUCUCCAGCUUGUACCUACUGUGCAGCGUCCGUUGAUUCGAUUGCCAACUCUGUCGAGUGUUUCUCUCCCUGCGUCUGUAACGGAAUAUUUCAGUAAUUUGUCGAAGCCUCAAAAGAUCAUAAUUGUCAGCGUUGGCACUGGCCUGACACUUGUUGCACUGGUUGCCCGCUACUUGCGCCGGCGUCGGAGGAUCCCUCGAAAGUCUGCAUUGUCAAGGCAUGAUGAUUCAAGUCGUGCUCAUCGAAAAGUGAAACCCAUCACAAUACGGAGUCCUUCGGGGGAGAUUCACAGCAUAGGAGGUAAUAUAUCUCCAGGAUUCCAUCGUUCUGUGCACAGACAGAGCUCUAUAUCUGCUAGCAGUGACAGAAUCAGUGUAGCAUCUGUGUUAACUACACAAGCAGGAGAUGGCAACACACUGACACCUCAACAAUAUGGAGUUAUGG